UGGAUCCGACAGCCAGGCCCCACCAGCCAUGGUGAACCUGGGCCUGUCCCGCGUGGACGACGCCGUAGCCGCCAAGCACCCGGGACUGGGGGAGUAUGCCGCAUGCCAAUCGAACGCCUUCGUGAAGGGCAUUUUCACCUUUGUCACAGGCACCGGUUUGACCUUCGGCCUGCAGAUGUUCGUUCAGAGGAAGUUCAAGUACCCCUUUCAGUGGAACGUGCUGGUGGCCGUGGUUGCAGGCUCAGUGGCCAGCUACUGGGUGACCCGUGUGGAGACACAGAAGUGCAGCAACCUCUGGCUCUUCCUGGAGACGGGAAAGCUCCCCACAGACAGGGGCACAGAUCAGCGCACCUAGGAGAGCUCCAGCCUGGGCGCACAAGACCUGGGCCUGGAGAGUUCCGGAACACAGCCCUCGGCACCUCCACACCCCAGGCCAGCUCUCCCCGCCCUGUGGGGCGCCUGGUGGAGGACUUCUACACUCCCUGGUGCAGACACUCCCUUUCUGGUGCCAGAUGCCGCUGGGCUUGUGGGACGAAUAAACGCCUUGCUCCUUUUCCCAACUGACUUCUUCAGCAACUGGGAAGCAGAGGCAGGAAGAAGCUGCGAGCCAAAUGUCCCUUUAGUGCCUGCCACAUGGCUGGUCCUGGAGGCUGUGCCAGGCGGUUCCUAACACCGGACCCCAGGAUUAGACCUUCCUGCCGGCCCCGUAAGACCAGGAGGCCUCUCCUUGUGGGUGUCUGUUUCUUUACAACGUGUCAUAGAGGAGCAGACCACAAGGUGUACCACCAAUAACACCUGGUUCCCGAGAGAUGAGGGACAGGAAGUGGCUAUGUCCACCCGCCUGUCAUCCUACACACGGGUGUCAGAUGAAGUCACUUCUCUCCAGGGGUGGAGGGAGGCCGCUAGUUUACUGGAGCUCUGUCCUCACGGAAGGAAAGUUCACGAUUGGCAAGACUCCCCACCUCACCCACCCCAACAGGAAGAGGCAGAGACCACAUAAACUCUGGGCAAGUCCACGUCCUUUGCAGUCGGCUCCCCAUUCACGCUGAAGGCACAUAGCAUAGGGCCACGCGGCUCCAGCCCAGGUCAGCCGUGCCUCUUGGCCUAGCCGGUCAUUCACAAGAAUAUCUGCUGCCCUGGCCAGUUUGGCUCAGGAGUUGGAGUGUCAGUCCAUGGACC